AUGUUCGCGUGCUGCUUUUCUGGGAGGGAAUACGAGGACGACACGCAACACGAGGCCGCUCGCCCCCAAGCAAAUAGGCCCCCUUCCGACGAGAUGUCCCUUACACCGAAGCCAGUCACGGGCCGCAGGAAACCCUCAGACGCAGCUCAGAAACCACCAGCAGAGUCCGUUACAGCCCCCAGCGACCGAAACAACGACAAGUUUAAGCCGUCAGACUACCUCUACUUUGGCGAAGGGUCAUCAGGGUACCAUCCCAGGCAUACCGUCGCAAAUAGCACAAACCAGCAGGGCAGGGCUUCGAAUGGUCCAAGGUAUACCACGGUUGGGUCAGGAAAUCCGUCGGGACGCGACAACAGUGGAUAUCUGGCCACGGGUCUCAACAACAACACACAGAUGGGAUACUCCAACCUUACCUAUGGGGGGUCGUUGCAGUACAACUUUGCUGGGACGCAACCGAUUGGCGUUGGAACCUGA